AUGUGCGAACGAAAAAAUAGGGUAACGGCGCUCACCUCCAUUGACGAAGUCGUAGAGAGCUCAUGUAUUGUCGCCAUUGACGGUGUCCUACGAGAGCCACUUCGUUCUCCUCUGCCAUUGAAAAGCCCUAAACCCAUUCUCCUCUGCCAUCGAAAAGCCAUAAACCCAAGCGAUGCUGGUAACUAUCAGGAAGCUAGCAUCGAUAUAGUUGCUGUAGUCUGA